ACUCAGUCUACGUACUUUGAUUUGUGACGUGUUUUAGUAGUCGGGUUUUCGUGAGAGUUGGCAAAUAUUGAGUCUCAAUAUACCUUGUCUAAAACAAAGCUUUCAUAUUACUUUUAUCUGUUUCGGCUGCUUCACACUGAUUUGAACUAGUAGAAAAUACACAAAGGCACUAGUGCCUUUUUUAUGAUUCAAUAUUUUUAAUUCCGAGAUACUUAGUCGAACUGUUUCUCCCACAUCUCAACAGUAUUUAUUUUCUGACAAUAUAUUAAUUAUUAUGCUAGUAGUCCAACUAAUUAGUUUACUGGUUGUCUGGAACUCGUCAAAGAAUUCAUGUACAUCUAACAGUAUCAUAUAUUUCCUCCUAUUACUUAUUACUAAGGUGUUUACUUAUUUGGCAGUAUCGGUGCAGUUUGGGGAGGUAUUAUGCAUUACUAUACCUUCUUGACCAACCAUUAUUAAUGACUUUUCAGUGUUUCAGUAAAGCUGUUUCAUUAUUAAUCGAUAUUAGUAAAUGGAUCAUCAUACAUUGUUGCGUUGUACAAUACAGUACCGUUGCGUCAUCUUGAUGAGAGGAAUAAGAAUUUGCAAAAUUAUCACCAAGGCAAGUUAAGUUGCCCAAAGUGCAUUCAGACAGACGUCUGCGUUUUGUUAAUUUUAUCAGCUAAUUUGGUUUUGAAAGUAUAAGAUAUGCAAGUUAGUUUGGAAUUAUCUCGAAUGUAAGUAAGAACUUGAUGUCGAAAAUGAAAUAGAAUGAAACUGGUAUGUCUGAGUUCGACUAAGUCUUCCAGUGUACAACAGAAGUCCAUGUAGGUUACUGCAUAGCUACUGUUAGUUUAAAUAUGUUCGGUCAUGCGCUAUAACCAUGGUAUGUAAAAGCUUGUUGGGUCUGUAGAUUAGCUACUGAGUAUUGAAAAUACACAGGUUUUAUUAUGAACAGUCUGUGCAAUGUUUGACUUCCUUGAAACGGAUCGUAUCUCGACAUAGACAUCUACAAAUUACUGUUUAAGAUGUCUUGUGUGCUAUGAUUUUUACUUUAGUGGUUGAAGGAUAAUCAUUCAUAUUCACUACGUUCCUUCAUCACUUGUUAUCCACUACGAUGUGUAAUGAUUGUUUCUUAUGCGAAGUACCAAACUUUUAGGCGUGAAUCAAUUGAAUCAAAGUGGUUUGCCACUCUACUACACUUUGCAUUGGUUCAAUUUUUAGAGCACCUCAGUCUACAGUGGAUGUAUAUGUCCACCUAUUUACCUUAAUGUAAUUUUGUUUAUUCAUUUGUCUUGUUUUUUAGUUGUUCGGAUUGGUUCACCUUGUUACCUACCCCAUAUUUGUAUAUAUAUUGUGCAAUUUGUUACUCAAAUUGAAUGUCGAUCAUGGAUUGUAUGAAUUCGGUAGAUUCUUCACCUCCAGUAGUGCAAAAGUCUGCAAAUGACUUGAGAGAAUAUAAAGUGAUGCGUUUAUGCAAUAGGAUGAAAGUGCUUCUUAUAAGUGAUCCGGAAACAGAUAAAUCUGCAGUGUGUUUGUCUGUGAACAUUGGUUCACUGUCGGAUCCGAAAGAACUGCCUGGUCUCGCACACUUUUGUGAGCAUAUGUUGUUUCUUGGUACGAAAUCAUUUCCAACUGAAAAUACCUAUUUGAAGUACAUAACCGAUCAUGGUGGUCACUGUAAUGCUUUUACGAGUCCAGAUAGAACUUCUUAUGUGUUUGAUGUUGCACCUGAAAGUUUGAAAGGUGCAUUGGAUAUUUUCUCACAGUUUUUCAUCUGCCCUCUUUUCACCGAUUCUGCAACAGAACGUGAGGUGAGUGCUGUACAGUCGGAACAUGAGAAGGACAUUAGUAAUGAUACUAGACGUCUUUUUCAGCUAGAGCGAAGCUUGUCAAAAAGUGGUCAUGAUUAUACGAAAUUCCUCUCUGGUAAUCGAUACUCUUUAUUUGAGUCGAGUUGUGCACAAUCGGUGAAUACACGCGAAAAGUUGUUGCAAUUCUAUUCAACAUGGUAUUCGUCAAAUGUGAUGGGACUAGUUAUUCUUGGAAGAGAAUCCAUAAAUGACCUAGAGAAACUUGCAGAAGAUAAGUUUUCGGAAGUUAUUGAUCGUAAUGUUGUGCAACCAUCAUGGAACGAUACUCCAUGGCCUGAUAUAUGUCUCAAGAAAAUGGUAUAUGUCGUCCCACUGAAUGACGUCCAUCAAAUGAAUAUAAUGUGGCCUAUUCCUGACUAUAUUCCAGACUAUACAGCUCAAGCACCUAGUUAUGUGACUCAUUUACUUGGUCAUGAAAGCCGCGGAAGUUUACUGAGUUUAUUCAAAAAUGCAGGCUGGGCUAAUCGAUUAGCAUGCGGAGUUAGUAGGCCAGCAGCUGGGAUCUGUUCUCUGAUUUUGUCUAUUGAUUUAACUUUAAAAGGACUUGAUAAAACUGAUGAAAUUAUGACAAAUGUAUAUCAAUACAUUAACAUGCUUCGCUCUGAUGAACCACAAAAGUGGAUAUUUGAUGAAGAACAGGCUUUAUGUCAAUUAAACUUUCGAUUUAAAGACAAAGAACCACCUUAUGAAUAUGUGACUGGAUUAGCCGGUAAUCUAUUGCUUUAUGACAUGCAAGAUGUUCUAACCGGUUCUUUCUUGGCAACUGUUUAUAAUCCAGAUUUGAUUAAAAAAAUCUUAAGUUGUUUAACGCCUGAUAAUAGCCGCAUCUUUCUAGUCAGUCAGAAGUUUACAGAUAAAUGUGUGGAGGAAGAACCCUGGUAUCAUACUAAAUACCUUGCUGUUAAUAUUCCUGAAAAUACCUUGUCAGCAUGGCGAAAUAGUCCUUCUAAUCCAGAAUUGAGAUUCCCCGAGCCAAAUUCAUUCAUUGCUACUGAAUUCGAUCUGGUGCAAAACAAAUGCCCUACGAAUGUUGAAAUGCCAGAAUUAUUAAUCGAAACAGAGAUGUCUCGUAUUUGGUACUUUCAAGAUACAGAAUUCAAUCUUCCCAAAGGUUUUAUCACAUUUCAUAUUGUCAGUCCAUUUGCAUUUUUCGAUCCUUUUCAUACAUCACUUUGUUUAAUUUACGCAAACUUAUUUGAAGAUCAUAUUAACGAACUAACAUAUUCCUCUAUGCUUGCUGGAAUGACUGUUUAUGUGAAGCACACUGUUGAAGGUAUCAAGCUAUCAUUUUUAGGAUAUUCGCAUAAAUUGAAAAGUUUUGUCAAAGAAAUCGUAACAAAAUUUGUGAAUUAUUAUCAACCAGUUACUGACCGUUUCGAAUGUAUUCGUGAGAAUAUGUCUCGAGAGUUUUCCAAUUUCUCAAUGAAACCAGCUUAUCAACAGUCCGGUGCAUAUUUAACAAGUCUUAUUUCAGAUCAUUCUUGGAUCAGUGAUGAUUUUGUGCGCGCUUUUAAAGAGGUUACGUACGAAAGGUUAAUUAAUUUCAUCAUGGAAUUUCAUGAACGCAUUUUUAUUGAAGGCCUUAUCUAUGGAAAUAUCACUGAAGAGGAUGCAAUAAGUUAUCACGAAAUGGUUCGAAACUUGUUGGUACAAAAGAUGAAUUCUAAACCACUUUUACUGUCUCACAUCUUAACCUCUCGAGAAGUAAUAAUUCCUGAAGAUUCCAGUUUUCUUUAUCAACGAUAUAUUUCUGGUCAACCGGCUUCUGCGAUUUACUAUUAUCUUCAAUGUGGUGAACAAUCUACGUUUAAUGAUACAUUGCUUAAUUUGUUUUGUCAGAUUGUCAGCGAGCCUGUUUUCAAUAAAUUACGUACCGAACAACAAUUGGGUUAUGUUGUACAGGCUGGACUUCGACGAUCAAACAAACUACAAGGUUUUCGUAUUUUAGUGCAAUCAUCUUAUCAUCCUAAUAAAAUUGAUAAAUGUAUCGAAGAAUUUCUACUUACUGUAAAUAAAAUGCUAGAAGACAUGUCUGACGAAGAAUUUAAUGUUCAUGUGCAAUCCCUCAUGACACAUUUACUGGAAAAACCGAAAGGUAUGCAAGAUCGAUUUGGGCGUUUAUGGUCUGAAAUUGCUUGUCGACAUUAUAAUUUCAAACGACAUUUACAUGAAGCCGAUGUCCUGAAAUCGCUGAAAAAGAAUGAUGUUAUCGAUUUCUUUAGAAGGUAUAUGGAUCCAUCAUCAUGUAGAAGGAGAAAAUUAACAGUUCAUGUAUUAUCAAACGAAGAGCAUUCCUAUGAUUCGGAAUACAAUAAUCAUGAUGAGAAGGUAAUUGUUUUAAAGGAUUACACCGAAUUGAAACGUUGUUGUCCUUUGAGCGCUUUAGCGAGACCAUUCAUGGUGUUCACAUCCAAAUAUGAAGGGAACGUACUGCGAUUUUAAUUCGGUUUUCUGCAUUACAUAUUUAGAGAUAUUUAAUAUAUGGGUCGUUCGGUGAUCGUCAAAAUGUGCCAUUUUCAAGGUUUCAUAUUUUCUACAUUAUCUUUACUUUUCCCUUGGAGAAAUCGUGGAUUUAAAUCAACUUUAGACAGAUUUCAAUUAUAAAAUCCCCGGACGAAAAUUAAUAAAAUGUAAUCGUCCCAUUACUUAUGUGCCCAGUUAUUUGUUAAAACAUUAGUUCUUAACUUUUCUUAGUGUCUUGAUCAAUCAAGAUCUCUUCAUGUUUUCGCUUGCUGUACAAAUUUCAAAAAUUUCCUACGGUUGUUUUCAGGCUUUUAUAUUUCUCCUUGAUUUUACGGUCUUUUCGUCUACGUAUUCUUUUAAUACACAUCUAAACUGA